CUGUUGAGUCUUCAAGCCCAGGAGGUUCAGCAACAUCUGAUGACCAUGAAUUUGAUCCAUCAGCUGAUAUGCUGGUGCAUGACUUUGAUGAUGAACGGACAUUAGAAGAGGAGGAAAUGAUGGAAGGAGAAACAAACUUCAGUUCUGAAAUAGAGGAUCUUAACAGGGAAAGUGAUAUGCCAAUCCAGGAGCUGCUUAGCCUUUAUGGCUAUGAUGGUACCAUUCCACUGCAAGAGGAGGAUGAUGAUGAAGAUGAUGAAGAGGAAGAGGAGGAGGGAGAUGAUGACGACGAUGUGGAUAAUGAUGACAACAGUGGCUGUAGUGGAGAAAACAAAGAGGAGACCAUAAAGGAUUCAUCAGGUCAGGAAGAUGAGACACAGUCAUCUAAUGAUGACCCAGCACCAUCUGUUGCUUCUCAAGAUCCACGGGAGAUAAUUCGCCCUCGUCGAUGUAAAUAUUUUGAUACAAACAGUGAAAUAGAAGAGGAAUCUGAAGAAGAUGAAGAUUAUAUUCCAUCAGAAGAUUGGAAAAAGGAAAUCAUGGUGGGGUCUAUGUUUCAAGCUGAAAUUCCAGCUGGUGUAUGCAAAUACAAAGAGAAUGAAAAAGUGUAUGAAAACGAUGACCAGCUGUUGUGGAAUCCUGACUUCUUACCAGAAGAUAAAGUGAUUGAAUUCCUAAAUGAAGCAUCAAGGCGUACGGGUGAUGAGAAAGGCUUAGAUGCAAUUCCGGAAGGAUCACAUAUUAAAGACAAUGAACAGGCAUUGUAUGAAUUGGUUAAGUGCAAUUUUGAUACUGAAGAGUCAUUACGAAGAUUGAGAUUUAAUGUAAAAGCAGCCAGAGAAGAAUUAUCUGUUUGGACAGAAGAAGAAUGUAGGAACUUUGAACAAGGGCUGAAAGUCUAUGGCAAGGAUUUUCAUGUGAUUCAGGCAAAUAAGGUACGAACAAGAUCAGUUGGUGAGUGUGUUGCAUUUUAUUAUAUGUGGAAGAAAUCAGAGAGGUAUGACUUCUUUGCGCAGCAGACCCGGUUUGGAAAGAAGAAAUACAAUCUUCAUCCUGGUGUAACAGACUAUAUGGACCGUCUCUUAGAUGAAAGCGAAAGCGCUGCUUCCAGUAGAGCUCCAUCCCCUCCUCCUACAACUUCCAACAGCAGCACCAGCCAGUCUGAGAGGGAGGACAGCACAACCAGCAACAGUAAUCAGAAUGGGGUGUCCACUAACGGGCCGGGUGAGAUACCAAAUAAAGAUGAAGCAAAGAUUGAAGGAUUGCAUGUAAAUGGACCUACCAGUGGUAAGAAAACACCUCACACGGAUCAGGAUACAAAUGGGUAUGAAACAGAAAACCUUUCCGUUGACCCUAAAAUUGCUCAUUCGACUUCAAGAAAUGAAAAUGAUUUUGAAGAUAAAAAUGAAAGACCUCUAAAAAGAAGAAGAAUUAACAGCAAUGGAAAAGAGAGUCCUGGUUCUUCAGAGGUCUUCCAAGAAGCAAACUCACAUGGGAAGCUUGAAGAACUAGAAACUUUGGAUGACUGACUAAUAGGAGCUGAUUUUAUUCCUUGGAGUAAAUUUUGGGUGUCUACAAUUUUCAGGGUUGAUGGGUUACCUUACAAAAUCCGGUACCAUAAAACAAUCUGUUGAGAUUUUUCUAAUACCUUUUGGUUGGCUCUUAAGAUCUGAUUAUUUGUUUUUCAGUGCUGAAAAGCAGCAGUAGAAUAUUCUGUUUCUCAGAGCUGUCAGCUGUAGUUUUGGGAACAUUGAGGCUCUUAAAAAUAUUUGAGAAACAAAUCAGUGAAUUUGUGCGAAAAAACUCUUAGCCUAAUACAUUAAAGGAACUUCUGUUUCUAUACACUGUUUAAGCAUUGUACAACUGAACAAAGCAUCCUAUUUGAAUCAGUGAGCUGGUUCAAAUUUCAAUUGGUUGCAGGAAGUUAAAAUGAAAUACAGAAUUCGAAAACAUGCAUCAGAGUGGGCAUGAAGACUUUUAUUCAUUUUAAGGGGAAAAGUGUUAUCCCAUUGUUAAGGAACCCUUAUGAAUCCUGAAAGUUAUGAGCACAACUAUUUUUAUAUAUAGAAGUUUUAAAACGUAAAUAAAUAAACCAAGUCAGGUUUGUAUAUGUAAAAUUGUUGACAUCAAUGAUGUCUUUCCAUAUUCUUAUCUGGGCUAAAGAAAUACAUUCUGUAUUUUUCCAGAUUUCUUUGUAGCCUUUGAAAGAUUUUUACAGUACUUAUGUCUUGAUUGAACUGUCCUUUCUUAAAACAAAAGCUUGUAUAAUUUUCUUAACUUGUACAGUUGGUAAACUUUUAUGAGAGAAUUGAUAUCCUGAGUCUAAUGUCAGCUUCAUUUUAUUUUGCUAAAGUCUUUUCUAAAAAAAGAAACCUAAACCAAACCAAUCCAAUCUAAAAAAAAAAAAAAGCUUAUUAUUCACCACCAUGCUAUUUUCUCCUCAGAAAACAGUAAACCAUUAAUAUCAAGAAUGGUUAGAAGUCACAUUAUUUUGAAAAUCUGACUUCAUAUUUCUGUUCUAUGGCAAAUAGCGAUGCUUAGAAUUUGUUAAGCAUGAUGCUUGCAUUGCACAAAUUUUCUUGCUUUCAUUAUACAUUUUCUCAUUUUAUUUUUGAGCUCAGAUAAAUUUCAUGUCAGCCAAAUGCUUGAAUUUACUAAACCUUGUUCACCGAGAUCAGGUAUGAGAUUAUUCAUGGAUUUAUUUUCAGUACAUCCUCUGCAUUUCAUCAUUGAGCACAGAAAGGAUAGGAAAUGGGUUGAGUGAUUCUGGCUGUACAGGUUAGAAAUGGAUGUGCAACUGGUUAGCUGGUGCCUGAUCUUGAAUUUCUGGAAACUAAUGGACCUUGCCUGAAUGGGUAUUUCAGUGGGAGCAGAAACAUUGCAUAUAAAUAUGUGGUACAGCAUGCAUACACACACACACACGUGUAUCUAUUUGUGUGUGUGUGUGCGCGCACGCAUAUACAUACAUUCAGUAUAUAAACGUGCAUGUAUGUAAGAGAUGGGAGUAGUUAUGGGUAUCUAUUUUAAGAUUAAGUCCUAGGAACUAAAGCUCUUUAUGAAUGGGGGAGGGAUGUGUUUAUACUCACCUUCUCACUACUCUGAUUCGAAAGCUGUUGAAGUAGGGGUUACAGCCAUGAAGUAGAAAGAUUUUUAUACCAAUGUUUUAACUUGUUCUAUAAGCCACAGCUACAUAUGCCUCUAUAUUAAAAAUAGGAAAAAAUGUUCUAUCUGUAUAAUUUAUAAACUUAUCUUCUCCUUCUGUGGCUUAUAAGUGUGCUGUUAAUUUUUAAUUGGUUAUUUUUACUUAAAUGAUCUUAAAGUUUAUAUGAGAUUCAGGAUUCCGGUUUUAAAUGUAUGGCCAUAUGGUUUGAAACUAAUGUAUCAACUUGACAAAAAAAAAGAGAAAAAGGCAAAGGGGUUGUUUUGUUUUGUUCUUCUAACUACAUGUACUGGGACUUCAGAGUCAUUAGUGAGCCAAAUGCUCCAGAUCUGGUAUAGCUCCAUCCACAUGUUUAGUUACUGGAGUGUAUUAACCUGCUGUUCCCAGAAAUGCUUUGAAUGAUUUGUUUUACUGGCUCAGCCGACAGGAGAAAGUGGACAUCUUCCUAGAAUUGGAUGGCAACUUCUGUGGAGAGGCACAGACGUAAGACUUGUUAAUCUGCAUUAAUCUUGUUGAGUGAUUACUUUAGGAAGAGGUCACUGUUAAAAUUUAAAUCUGUUUUGUUUAAUAUCCAAAGUAUCACAGCCUUAUAUCAAAGACGGUCGGCAGAGCACUUCGGCACGAGGGUAGUGCAGUGUUUCUAAGAAUCUUUACAGUGAAAGUCUUAUUUUCAGUUUUAUUUUAUGCAGUUUUUUGUUUGCAAGUUGGAAAUACUUCCAAAAAAAUUAUAGGAAUGUUUAUAAGUAAGUAAACUGUCUCAGGCUUGUGUGUAAAAUACAGCACUGUCUAUAUUUUCAGGAAUGUUGCUUUGUUUUUUUUUUUAAUUUUACCUUUUUUUUUUUUUUGGGUGAUACCUAGAAGAGACCUGACAUUCCAUAAUCGACCAAUAUGUAACGCUCAGCUAGACGUUAAGAAUAUUUAAUUAUAAUUUACAUUUCGUUUAUGCAGGAUGUUUUAUACAAGACUUCAUUCACGUUCUUCAAAAAUACAGCCACUAUAACUUGAUAAGUCAUUGCACUACUAGAACUAUUUAAAAAUCUAGAAAUAUAGUAAAUUUGAUUUUGUUUUUAAAAGCAUUCAGUAUAGUUUGGAGCCCAGGAACGUUUGAACAUGCUUCCAAACUGCCUUGAAGAAGACAGCAGCUUGCAUGUAACGUGUAGUUUUCAAGCACUAUCGUGAUGUGUCCAGCUGGAUCAGGUGUCCUGUUUCCAUGAAGUGCUUUAAGAGUGCAGCCUGCAUUGAAAACAGUUCAGCAGAACAAUCUUUGUUGGGCUUUAUAAAGGAUUUAAAGUGAUAUUAAAAAAAAUUACAAAUUAGUUUUUAUACAUUUUUUCCACGCAUAGUAAUUUUGCACUGUUAGUAAUUCCCUUCUUUUACCCCCAUUCCCUGUCUGCAAUUCUGAAAAAGCUUAUUAAAAUAUUUUUUUAAACAUA